GACAAUCUCUCUAUCGUCAAGCGUCUCUCUUCUCAUGUUCAUUACCCACUGGACUUACCCUUCCUCGAUUUAGACCAAUGCCCAUCUGCCCUACUUGACGGACCUACUAGCGCUCUGGCCAACUACCUCUUGGGUAACUCGCCUAGUCGUGCCACAAGUCUGGCUAACGUCUCCAGCCCUGGAUCAGCUGGUGGUGGAGUAAGCGGAAAAGAGGAAAACUUGGGUUUGAAGACUGCAUUCAUCGGCAGCAUAGGACUUAGGCCGGUCCAAGUGAGCUAA